AUGGCUCCCAACUUUCUUCGAUACGUUCUGAGCACCCUCACUGUUUCGGCAGAAGUAGGGUUUUCCCUCUCCACCAGCGAACUCUUAGGGCUAUUUCGAGCCCGUGAAUCCGCAGCAGCGGACUCACCCCCUCGAUCCUCCUCCCGAGGAGAAAGACGUCUCGAGCCUGAAAUCAAGGCUCUUAAGGAUCAGCUAUCCGAAAUCAGGAGAAAGAAAUGGAUAGCUGCAAUCUCCAGGGUUGGUAACUUCCACAAAAAGACCCUCUUGGUUGAUGAUGGUUCAUUAGAAGCAGCCCUGUCAGCCGCGGUGGAUACUCAUGGAGCCGAGAUCCUUAACGAUCCUCCAGUUGCCACCGUAAUUUGCCCUUCCGAACCAGGGCGUGAGGGAGAAAUAACCUCCUCUAGCCCUCUACGUUCUGUUUCUCCCUCUUCAGAACCUUUAAACUCCGAGCUCCCUCUUCCGGGAGACAGAGUAAUUUCAGAGGAAAUAGAUGAGCCGAGACCGGAGGCUCCCCUAUCUCAAGGACUGAGUGUUAGGACUCAAAAUCCUUUACCCACUUCGAUUUCAGGCGGAGAAGAGAUUGGAGACAUCUUCCGAAGUUUCCAAACCAGGGAAGGGGCGUCCCUUCCUCCUUUUUCGGUUUGGAGGCCGGAAAUCCGUCAGAUGUUCGCCAAUCGAGCUUGCUACCUAUCCCAUGCGUUUAUGGAGACUAAUGGAAUGAUCUUCCAUUAUGAGAACCUUCUUCAUCAAGCGAAGAGAGAGACUGCAAAGGCUAAGAAGGAGGUUGAUGAACUUAGAUUAGCCAACCAAUCUGAGCGACUUGAGCGGGAAAAAACACUCGAGUCAUCUUUUGAAAAUAUGAAGAAAACUCUAGCAGCUAACGAGCAACGCAUCAGAAUUGCGAAUGCUGAAAGAGAUUCUGCGAGGUCUAAUGCUCUUCGCUUGGAGGCUGAGCUAGAGGAGAAUACGGCUUUGUUCGAAGAAGCAAAUCAAGAGAUCGAGCUUUUAACUAGGAACAGGGCUCGCAAUAUCGUUGAAGCCGAACAAAAUGCUCGAGAAGAGAUGAGGGGAUUCGGUAGGCAACUUAUUCAAUCUGUUACGAAGUUCAUCAAGGACGAAGUGGUCUGGACUAAACUUCUAACAGAUCGAGCCGAACUGAAGAGAAAUCUAGACCUGAUUAAGGAACUAGAGGCUGGAAGAGUUUCUUUCAAGAACGAGAGGAGCGAAGUUGCUGCCGAACUCGCUAUGGUUGAAUCCGAGUUAUCCUCGGCUUCCCGUCCUACUCUCGUUCUGAAACAAUUUUCUUUGGUAUUUGGAGAUUCCCCAUCUCAAUUCGAGGUAGGUGAAGGUUCUCGGCCACAUGAGGGUUCUCCAGAGGUGUAG